AUGGCACCAAAAGCUGAAAAGAAACCUGCAUCAAAAGCUCCUGCUGAAAAAAAACCAGCUGCUAAAAAAACUGCUUCUUCAACUGAAGGUACUAAAAAGAGAACUAAAACAAGAAAAGAAACUUAUUCAUCAUAUAUUUAUAAAGUUUUAAAACAAACUCAUCCAGAUACUGGUAUUUCACAAAAAGCUAUGUCAAUUAUGAAUUCUUUUGUUAACGAUAUUUUUGAAAGAAUUGCUUCUGAAGCUUCAAAAUUGGCUGCUUAUAAUAAAAAAUCAACUAUAUCUGCAAGAGAAAUUCAAACUGCUGUUAGAUUAAUUUUACCUGGUGAAUUGGCUAAACAUGCAGUUUCUGAAGGUACAAGAGCUGUUACUAAAUAUUCAUCAGCUUCAAAUUAA